AUGUACCUGCUGCCCAGUCGCUCUGUAUCACCCAUCCCUUGCCAGGAGAGAAGGGGUUAUUACAUCCGUGCCCGUGCUGUGGAUCACUGUGUUCAGGAUUUUCUGCUGAAGACCCAAAGCCACCUGAGGACACAGAUCCUGUCUUUAGGUGCUGGCUUUGACUCCUUAUACUUCCGUUUGAAGGACAUGGGUCUGCUGCACCACACUGUGGUAUAUGAGGUGGAUUUCCCAAAUGUGGCUUGCCAAAAAGCUACUCUGAUCCAAAGAACAGAAGAGUUGUCAGCACUGGUGGGAGAUACUGGAGGAGAAGGAUUAGGAGCCAUUACCUUUUCUGGAGAGGAUUAUAAAUUACUGGGAGUUGAUUUAUCAGAGCUGUCUGAGCUGGAGAGAGCCCUGGAGGAAGCAGGACUGGACAGUGAGAUCCCCACCCUCUUCCUGGCAGAGGUGGUGCUCACUUACAUGGAGAACAGCAGGUCGGAUGCCUUGAUUCAGUGGGCAGCAGAGCAGUUCCCUCAGGCAUGCUUUGUGCUGUACGAGCAGAUGCUCCCCCAGGACCCCUUUGGCCGUAUCAUGCAGCAGCACUUCAGGCAGCUCAGCUCUGCUCUUCUCUCUCUGGCUCUGUACCCUGACCGCUCCACGCAGCAGCAGCGCUUCCUGCAGAAGGGAUGGACUGAGUGCAGUGUCAUGGAUAUGAAUGAGUUUUUCACCUGCUGUACUCCGGAAGAUGAGCAGCAAAGAAUGCAGGCUCUGGAGCCUUUUGACGAAUAUGAGGAAUGGCAUCUGAAAUGUUCUCAUUACUUUGUCUUGACUGCAUCAAAAGGGAUGGAACCUUCCUGGACUCCAUUGUCAUCCAGUAUGACAGGUCCCUGUGGUGGUGGCCCCAUCAGGACAGCUGGCAGUGUCCCUGCAGCAGCCUGUGCAGCACAGACAGCGACUCUGGGCCUGAGGCGCUACGGCCACCGCUCGGUCCUCAUCAGACCCAAUGUGAUCCUCACCACGGGGGGCUUUGGGCAGGAGGGUGGGCAGCACUGCCGCAUGAGGAGCUUCCACGUGCUGGCUGAGCAUGCAGGCUGCUGGAAAGCUGGCUGCUGGAGAGAGGAAGAUCCUGAUAGGAGAUGGGACAGGCGGUUGUACCACACCGUGUCAUGUCUCUCGAGCAGCCUGGCGCUGGUGGUAGGAGGACGAACAUCCCCAGCUCGUGCAGGAUUGGGAAUGUUGUGGCUGAAGUUCCCUGAGACUUGCAGUGCCUUGGACCCAGGGGACAUUACAGUGGAGCUUGUGAACCUGCAGCCUGCUGCUGAAGCAGCUGUUCGGCGCUGGAGACACAGCACAACUGAAGUGAUGUUCAGAGGGGAGAGGUACCUGUUUGUGUACGGUGGCCGCUCUGCUGAGGAGCCUGUGCUGGGGGACUGGCAUUUCCUUCACGUUCCAGGACUUGCCUGCACUGUGGUUCCAGUUGGGGGUCCAGUGCCAGAGAGCCGUCACUCACACAGCGCCUGCAGCUGGAGCGGGGGAGUGCUGAUUGCAGGGGGCCUGGGGGCAGCCGAGCAGCCCUUGGGGUCCGUUUUCUUUCUGAGGGAGCUUGAGCAUGGCUUUGGGUGGCAGGCAGUGGAGACUCACCCUGCUCUCAUCCCCAGGUAUUCCCACACGGCACACGUGCACGAGGGGAGACUUCUGCUGGUGGGAGGAGUGUGGCUUCACUCCCCCGAAGUGCCAGGUCUUACCAUCAUUGACUUAUCGACUGGUCUUUGCUUGGACUACACCAUUGAUGCGGAGCAUCUUGAGUGGCCAUUAAUGGUGCAUAAUCACAGUAGUGUCUUUCUGCCAGAUGAGAAGGAGUUGGUGCUUAUUGGUGGUGGUGGGAACUGCUUCUCCUUUGGGACACACCUGAACCCAGAACCUGUCUCGUUGAACCUCAGCAGCAUCCUGACCAAGCAGGGCUAA